CUUCUCGUAUCAAACAGGCUGAACCAAAUCAUCUCCCAUCUGAAUUUUAUUUUUUAAUUUAUUUUAUUAUUAUUAUACCUUACUGAUACCGUAAAUAUUAGUCAAAAAUGAAUUUUUUGUGCAAUUUUUUGCAAUUUUCUGUGUAAGAGUGAGUAAUGUAAACGUAUUUAUCUAAUUUAAUAGAUAAUUACUGUGUGAGAAUAGAGGGUCAGCGAACGGCCGAACGGGUACAUAUCAGUUGGUCAAUCUCAGUUGCUUGUGUCUCAGUUGAGUGAUAACAGCCCGUGAUAAUGGCGAACUUCUGGUUGUUUGUUAUAAUUUUCGUGCUUCUUUUUUCCCAAAUUAUCAGUUUUAAAACUACAAUCUCCGAUUUUCCAUAUUCAUCAAAAUCAAUGAAAAAUGAUCAUUCGGAUUUUAAGUACCAGGUUGAAUACUUUGAAGUGCCGGUAGAUCACUUCAGUUUUUCUGUUAAUAAUACUUUCAAAAUGAGAUACCUUAUGAAUGAUACUUGGCAGAAGGGACAUGAUGCUCCGAUUUUUUUCUAUACUGGCAAUGAAGGUGACAUUAAACUUUUUGCAGAGAAUACAGGUUUCAUGUGGGACAUAGCACCAGAGUUUGGAGCCCUCUUGAUUUUUGCAGAACAUCGUUAUUAUGGUGAAUCGAUGCCGUUUGGAAACAAAUCCUUUUCGGAUCCGAAAUAUUUUGGUUAUCUUACUUCAGAGCAGGCCUUGGCUGACUAUGUGGACUUAAUAGAAUAUUUAAAAUCUCAACCAAAAUUAAAAAAGAGUCCCGUUAUAGCGUUUGGAGGAUCCUAUGGUGGAAUGCUCAGUGGCUGGAUGCGAAUGAAAUAUCCUCAUAUCAUUCAAGGAGCGAUUGCUGCAUCUGCGCCAGUUUUACAAUUUACUGGACACACUGACUGCGAAGCUUUUUCUAGAAUAGUGACAUCAGAUUUUCGAGCUGCUGAUCCCACUUGUCCAAAGGUUAUUCGCAAAUCUUGGAAUGCGAUUACAAACAUUACUUCUAGUCCUGAGGGAUUAAAGUGGUUAUCAGAAAGUUGGCAGCUUUGCAAGCCACUCGCUAAUUCAUCGCAAGUUAUUAUUCUGAAGCAAUGGCUGAAUGAUAUUUAUGGAAAUUUGGCGAUGGUGAAUUAUCCAUAUGAAACCAGUUUUUUGGCACCUUUGCCUCCAAAUCCAAUAUCUGUGAUGUGUAAAUAUCUCAGAAACUCGACUCUUCCUGCAAAGCCUCUUUUGCUCUCUAUAUUCCAAGCAAUAAGUGUUUAUACAAACUAUACUGGUAAAACAAAAUGCAAUCUUAUUGAUGAUGCUUCACCAGAUUUGGGAACAGCUGCUUGGAAUUAUCAGGCUUGUACGGAAAUGGUAAUGCCUAUGUGUUCAAAUGGCGUGCAUGACAUGUUCGAACCAACUCCUUGGAACAUCAACGAGUUUAGUGAUAAAUGUUUUGCAAGUUACAAAGCUAGACCACGACCUGAUAAGGCUUGUAAGGAAUACGGUUGCUCUGAUCUUUCAACAGCAUCCAACAUAGUAUUCAGUAAUGGUUUGCUGGAUCCCUGGUCAAGUGGUGGUGUUCUGACCAACGUUUCUUCUUCAGCAGUAGCUAUUAUCAUCCCCGAAGGUGCACAUCAUUUGGAUUUGAGAGGAAAAAAUCCCAAAGAUCCAUUUAGUGUUAUACAAGCUCGAAAUUUUGAACGUUAUUCUAUCAGAGCGUGGAUAGAGGAAUAUCACCGACGAAUGGCGAAAACGAAGUCAAUUUAUUAUUGAAGAAGCGAAUAGCAAAUAAUUUUGUUUAGACUAUAGCAACGGAAAAUUUCUUUCAUUUUCAAUCGUAUACAAAAAUAUUUUAUUUUGAGACCUUCCAAAUAAUUUAUUUUUUAUCAUGCCGAAAUUUGCGUACACAUUUUAAUCAUAUGUAAGUCUUCAAAGGUAUUCUGCAGUCGUCAUUUAAUCAGUGAAUUAAAUACUUAAAGAUCUAAA